AUGAAGAAUGACGAAGCGAUUAAGCAUGCAUUAGAGGUGCGAUCCACUCUGGCUACAUCAAAUUUCCAUAAAUUCUUCCAAUUAUACUUAAAGGCACCUAAUAUGGGAGCUUAUCUUAUGGAUCAUUUCAUUGAAAGAGAAAGAAUUGCUGCUUUACAGACCUUAUGCAAAGC